CAAGAUUAUGUCCUGCUGAGCCACAACGGGAACUCCUAAACUGCCACACAUUUACUCAUUUCCUGGAUGCCUGCUCUGCGCCAGGCACUCCGCUGUGACCUAGGGCUUCAGGGAGCAACAAGACACUCACAGAAGACAAUUUUAGUGAGGACUAUUGGACAAUACAUACAAUUAGAUCUAAAUAAGCAAAAUAAUUGCAGUGAAUGGUGAGAAAAAUUCAGGGAGGUAUGACAGAGUGACAAGGAGGGAGAGCGCUAAUUCAGGGUGGGACGUGGUCAGGGAAAUGUGGUCUGAGGAGGGACACGUGAGCUUGAAAUCUGAACGCCCUGGGGAAGCCAGCCAUGCAACGCCACAAGGGAAGAAGAUUCCAGGCGGAGGAAAUGCCAGGGCAAAGGCCCUGAGGCAGGAAAGCUUUAUACCAGAGCUGACUCCUGGUCCAGUGCUCCUUUACCAUGUGCUGCCUCCCUGGGUGCUCAGAGAGGCCCCUUUGGUGUCCUGGGCCUCCCUUCAACUCAGCCCUAAGAUGCCAACUUCUCUCUGAGGCUGUGGGUCCCUGUGGCUGAACCGGAUCUGAGUUUCCUGGUUCCUGUCUGGCAGAGGAUGAGCAGACAUCCUCCCGCCUUCUCUCCCCAGGCUCUAGCCCCAGCCCCAAAUCUCCAUGGCAACCCUAGACACAAUCCUGACCUGAAGGAGGAUCUGGGAGGGGGAGCACAAACAUCACUGGAGAGACCAGAGCGGCAGGUGCACUUGCCUCUCCCUGCUCCGUGUGUCCUGAUAACCUCUCCGGUGACCCAGCCAGGACCCCUACACCCCAGUCUCCCCAAAGAACCCACACCGAAGAUUCCGCAGGUCUGCCCCACUGCCAGGCACACAGGGGCCUGGAUGGAAGCCUGUCCUCUGCACCUGCCCCAAAGGCUGCUCCUGCUAGGGGUGGCUGCCCUGGCUGCACCUGUUCCACACACAGGCGACCUGGUGGACCUGUGCGGCCAGACGUGGCAGGGGGCCGGGCUGCUGCUGCGCUCGCACCCCACAUCCCGCCGCUUCUACUUCGUGGCUCCGCACACCGACUGCCGACUCUGGUUGCGGGCGGCGGCCCCAGGGGACAGGAUCCGCUUCCAGUUCCGCUUCUUUCUGGUCUACAGCCUGACCCCGGCGUCCCCGCCGCCCCCAGCACCCAAUGCCUCCUCCCCAGCCGACCCCUGCGCCCCUGGGUCCUACCUGCAGUUCUACGAGGGCCCGCCAGGGGCGCCCCGACCGCUUGGGGCCCCGCUCUGCGGCCUGACCAUCCCUGCUCCGGUGGUGUCUUCUGGAGACUUCCUGGCCCUGCGCCUGGUCACCAGAGGCCGCCAGCCGCGCGUGGACUUCGUGGGAGAAGUCACCUCUUUCCGGUUGGGAUCCUGUGGCGCCUACUUCCCAUGUCGGAAUGGCAGGUGCAUCCCGCCGAGUCUGGUGUGCGAUCACUGGGACAUGGACAACUGUGGUGACGGCAGUGACCAGGCUUCCUGGCCCCCAGCCAACUGCAGAGGUCCCUCUCUGGCGCCCAGCAAGGCAGCGGGUACGGAUGCUGGUACCUCCCAGCCCUUGACCCUUUCCCUGGCUCUUGGGUCUUUGGGGACCCUGGGGACUGCAGCUGAGAGGAGUCCCCCUGCAGGCUGGGACCAUGAACGACAGGAUGCAGCUCUGGAAGGUAGAUGGCUUUUGGUUACCACCUGCUCUGGCGCCUCCCACCAAGGUCACAACUGUCCCUCUUCAGUGAUGGGUGGGGGUGGCAGGCCUAGGCUCAGGCCUGAGUGGACUCUUGUUCCUUCUGCAGGUCCCCGGCUGCGGGGCGUGGCCCUGGCCUCCUCACUGCUCCUGGCCUCUGCUGGCCUCCUGCUGGGUCUCCUCUGGUGCUGCUGCUCCUCCAGCGGGCUGGCCUGGAGGGCGGGUGCCCGUGGCCUCUGCCUCAGCUGCACCAUCUGUUAUACGUGUCCUGGCCAGGUGGCCCCUGGGGGGGCCGUGACUGAGUGAGCCAGCCUUCCAAGGUCGAGGGGGUCAGCUCCAGAGAGGCUGCGGGCCUCGGAGGAAGGAGGGUGGGCUCUGCGGUCAGACAGUCCCUGGGUUCUGCUCCCACCUCCCACAGGGCUGUCGAAUCUGGGCAGGUCAUAUAAUCCUCUGGGACUCAGUCUACUCCUCUGGAAUGUGGGAUGAUUUCCAUCUCGCAGGGUCGUGGGGAAGGCCACAGAAGAGAGCUGACCCUGCAACUCGCAUGGCGGCUGGCACAGCGGGGAGCUGACUUUGCUCACCUGAAGCUGCCUUGCUUUGCUCCCAGACCUCACCUGCCCUGCUCUGCCCACCCCAUCCCGCCCUCAGGUACCAGGCAUCCAGCCCUCAUCAGAGACACAGGAGAUGGUCUUGGCAGGGAUAGCACCGUUUAUUAAGAAAGAUCAAGACAAAAACCACAGGAGGGUCCCUUCUAGGACACAGAGGCCAGGCGCCCCGACCCCACAUCUGGGGGCUGCUGGUGGGGAGGCUUCUUGCCCCCAUUUGAGCCCUCAGGCUCCCACAGAUGGGGCAGGGCUGUCAUGUCCCCUUCCUGUCCCUCCCAGGCAUGAGUCCUGGUUCUCCCCACCCAAGGCACUAACUCUUUCCAACCACCAAUGCCCUUCUCCCCCAUGUCCCCUGGGCCUUCACUUCCAGAUCAGUGGGGGGGACGUGGCCUGGUACGGGCAGGGAGACCCUCUCAGUGCUGGGCUCUGCCUGUAGCAGCUCCUGGUAAGAGCUGGGGUGGAGUUUCCCUUGCAGCCCCUGAGGGCAGGGGCCCUGGACUAGGUGUCGGGUUGAGGGGAUGCAGGCCAGGAAGGCUUGGUGGGAUGGGGAGGCUGCCAGGGGCAGGUGGCCCAGCUGGCUAGGUAGAAGUGGAGGUGGGGGUGGGACAUGGGCUGGCAGGGUGGGGGCUGCCUGCCCAGGGGUGAGCUGCCUUUUGCUCCAGAGUUGGCACUAAAGAGCUUUCCCAACACAGAGGAGGCUGGCAAA